AUGUCGGUGCGGUUAACGCGGCGCCUCGUUCGUUGUUUGGGUACAAUGGAAAAGGCAUAUCAAAACCCUAAACAUAUCUAUCUAUCUAUCUAUCUAUCUAUCUAUCUAUCUAUCACAGUCUAUCAAUCUAUCACAUCUAUUCAUAUCUAUCUAUCUAUCUAUCUAUCUGUCACAGUCUAUCAAUCUAUCUAUCCCAGUCUAUUUACUUCAGUUUAUUCAUAUGUAUCUAUGACAUCUAUAUCUAUUUACCUCAGUCUAUUCAUUUCUAUCUAUCUAUCUAUCUAUCUAUCUAUCUAUCUAUCUAUCACAGUCUAUCAAUCUAUCACAUCUAUUCAUAUCUAUCUAUCUAUCUAUCUAUCUAUCUAUCUAUCUAUCUAUCUAUCUAUCUGUCACAGUUUAUCAAUCUAUCUAUUCCAGUCUAUUUACUUCAGUUUAUUCAUAUGUAUCUAUGACAUCUAUAUCUAUUUACCUCAGUCUAUUCAUUUCUAUCUAUCUAUCUAUCUAUCUAUCUAUCUAUCUAUCUAUCUGUCACAGUCUAUCAAUCUAUCUAUUCCAUCUAUUAAUUUCUAUCUAUCUAUCUAUCUAUCUAUCUAUCUAUCUAUCUAUCUAUCUCUUUCUUUCUUUUUUUCUUUCUCAUAUGUGGAUAUUUUAAAAGUCUAUUUCGGCCUCCUUGCAGUGUCUAUGAUCAUAUUUCCCUUUCGCACAGUUCAUUCCCAAGGCCAAUAUUUUUUUGCGCAAAUUUUUUGUCUUGUUUUUCUUUUCCUCUUCAAAAUGUUACUCUCGAUUUAUACGAUUUUCUGUGUCUCCUCCUAUCACUUUUUUUUUCUUUCUCUCUACCAACGCAACCUUGUCUUCGGCAUUCGUAACGGCGAUAACUGUCAACCAGCCUGUUCCUAUCUAUCUAUCUAUCUAUCUAUCUAUCUAUCUAUCUAUCGAGUUCUAUUCAUAUCUAUGUAUAAGAUAUAUUCAUAUCUAUCUAUCUAUCUAUCUAUCUAUCUAUCUAUCUAUCUAUCUAUCUAUUUGUCUAGGAAUUGCAUUCUUUCUUUUUCCUUUGUAAAACAUAAUUUCCCGGCUACUUUUUCUAUUUUACGUGCACUUCUUUCGGCAACAUCUAUCUAUCUAUCUAUCUAUCUAUCUAUCUAUCUAUCUAUCUAUCUAUCUAUCUAUUUAAACCUCUGA